GUCACUGGUAUGACUCACACUGACAGUGUUCACGUUAGCUAGCGUUCAGAUGGAGCAGCUCUGGCAACAGAAGAAGCAGGUUAUAUUAUUGAUUACCUGCUGCAGCAGACAGUUGCACCAAGAUUUUUUUUUACGAGCGCAGAUGAAAGGCAGGAGGCUCUGCUGAGCACCAUUAUUAUUACUGUUGUUUUCAUAAGACUUUAUUGAAAUAAGAACUGGAUACACAUGCUGAUUUUCAUCUGUGAAAGGUGGAGUAAGAUGUGGAUUUAACUGAUGUUGAUACACAAAAUCCCUCCACACAUGAGGAAAAGAGCUUUCUGUAAGUAUGAUCCAUCGUGGUAAUGUUAGAGGAAUAGCAAUUGGAGACAACCUGCUGCACUCUGCUACUCAGUGAGACAAACAUCAGUAAAGCCAAGCAGCGAGAAAAGAAAGGCUCUUCAUGAGAAAAUGACAGCAAGAGAACACAGUCCCCGCCAUGGUGCAAAAUCCCGCACUGUGCAACGGGCCUCCACCAUUGAUGUCACCUCUGACAUGCUUGGCCUGUCUUUAACAGGAAACAUUCAGGACCCAGAUGAGCCGAUUUUAGAGUUCAGUUUAGCUUGCAGUGAGCUGCUAACUCCAUCGCUAGAUCGAAAACCAAAUAGUUUUGUAGCAGUGAGUGUAACUACACCUCCCCAGGCCUUCUGGACGAAGCAUGCACAGACAGAAAUUAUUGAGGGAACAAGUAAUCCUAUCUUUCUAAGCAGCAUUGCCUUUUUCCAAGACUCUCUUAUCAAUCAAAUGACACAAAUCAAACUCUCCGUGUACGAUGUCAAAGAUAGAUCUCAGGGAACAAUGUAUUUGUUGGGUUCUGGGACGUUCACUGUAAAAGAUCUUCUUCAGGAGAAGUAUCACAGAUUGCACAUAACACUAAGGUCCACCUCCAAAAAAAUCUCAACGCAGAGUGUUUGUUGCAGGUCGGCUGAAAGUGACCGUGUAGGUAACAUCACAGUUAUUGGAUGGCAAAUGGAGGAAAAAUCUGACCAAAGGCCUCCUGUGACAAGGUCACCUGAUACAAUUAAUGGAAGGACUGUAUUGCCAGUUGAUGAAAGUUUAACGGAAUCUUUAGGAAUCAGAUCUAAAUAUGCUUCACUAAGGAAAGAUGCACUACUGAAAUCUGUGUUUGGUGGUGCCAUUUGCCGAAUGUAUCGUUUCCCAACCACUGAUGGAAAUCACUUAAGAAUCUUGGAGCAGAUGGCUGAGAGCAUCCUGUCGCUGCACAUCCCUAGACAAUUUGUGAAGCUGCUUCUAGAAGAAGAUGCAGCAAGGGUUUGUGAACUAGAGGAAUUAGGAGAACUGUCUCCUUGUUGGGAAAGCCUUCGCCGACAAAUAGUUACUCAGUACCAAACAAUUAUUUUAACUUAUCAGGAAAAUCUAACUGACCUGCACCAGUAUAAAGGUCCUUCAUUUAAAGCCAGUAGCUUGAAAGCUGAUAAAAAAUUGGAAUUUGUUCCUACGAAUUUACAUAUACAGAGAAUGAGAGUCCAGGAUGAUGGAGGAUCAGAUCAGAACUACGACAUAGUCACCAUAGGAGCACCAGCAGCUCAUUGUCAAGGCUUUAAAUCAGGUGGCUUGCGGAAGAAACUGCAUAAAUUUGAAGAGGCAAAGAAACACAGUUAUGAGGAGUGUUGCACUUCAACAAGUUCCCAGUCUAUAAUAUACAUCCCACAGGACAUUGUUAGAGCAAAGGAAAUUAUUGCACAAAUCAACACCCUGAAAACGCAAGUCAGUUACUAUGCAGAAAGGCUCUCAAGAGCUGCCAAGGAUAGAUCAGCUAAUGGCCUUGAAAGAACACUUGCUAUCCUGGCAGACAAGACCCGGCAACUUGUCACAGUGUGUGACUGCAAGCUGUUGGCAAAUUCAAUACAUGGACUGAAUGCUGCAAGGCCAGACUAUAUAGCUUCAAAAGCAUCUCCAACCUCUGGAGAAGGGGAACAAGUCAUGCUGAGGAAUGAUCAAGAUACACUUGUGGCCAGAUGGACAGGAAGAAAUAGCCGAUCUUCUCUGCAGGUGGAUUGGCAUGAAGAGGAAUGGGAGAAAGUUUGGUUGAAUGUCGACAAAAGCCUGGAGUGUAUUAUACAGAGAGUGGACAAACUUCUCCAGAAGGAGCGCUUGCAAAGUGACAGCUGUGAAGAUGUUUUCCAGUGUGACGUCAGCAGUACUAGUAAGAAAGAUUGCAGCCCCACUCCGGAAGAAUCUGGCGCAGCAGGUGAAUGGAGUGAAGCUCUUUAUCCUUUGCUGACCACACUCACCGACUGUGUAGCCAUGAUGAGUGACAAGGCAAAGAAAGCCAUGGUCUUUUUAUUAAUGCAGGACAGUGCCCCAACAAUAGGGCUCUGCCUCAGCCUUCAGUAUCGCAGGGAUGUUGUCUUCUGCCAGACUCUGACAGCUCUCAUUUGCGGUUUCAUUAUCAAGCUGAGGAACUGCCUGCAUGAUGAUGGAUUUCUAAGACAACUCUACACCAUUGGCUUGCUGGCACAGUUUGAGAGCCUGCUGAGCACUUAUGGUGAGGAGCUGGCAAUGCUGGAGGACAUGAGUUUGGGAAUCAUGGACUUGAGGAAUGUAACCUUUAAAGUAACUCAGGCUACAUCAAAUACAUCUACUGACAUGCUGCCAGUCAUCACUGGAAAUCGUGAUGGAUUUAAUGUGAGGAUCCCUCUGCCAAGCGCCUUGUUUGAUUUGUUGCCGCGAGAGAUUCAAAGUGGCAUGUUACUGAGGGUUCAGCCUGUUCUUUUCAAUGUGGGAAUCAAUGAGCAGCAAACCUUAGCAGAGAAAUUUGGAGACACCUCACUGCAAGAAAUAAUUAACAUGGAAAGCUUAGUGCGUUUGAAUUCGUAUUUUGAGCAGUUCAAGGAAGUUUUGCCUGAUGAUUGUCUACCUCGAUCUCGUAGUCAGACGUGCCUGCCUGAACUGUUAAGAUUUCUGGGACAAAAUGUACAUGCAAGGAAAAACAAGAAUGUUGAUAUCCUUUGGCAAGCUGCUGAGAUAUGCCGCAGACUAAAUGGUGUUCGAUUUACAAGCUGUAAAAGUGCCAAGGAUAGGACUGCCAUGUCCGUCACCCUGGAGCAGUGUUUGAUCCUACAGCAUGAACAUGGAAUGGCUCCACAGGUCUUCACCCAGGCUCUGGAGUGUAUGAGGAGCAUUGGAACACGGGAGAUAGUCACGCAGAAGAACUUGAGUGGCUUGGUGCCCAUCCGAGAUUUCAGACUAGAUCCCAGCCUCCUCUACUCUAUUCCUUUACUAGCUCUCAGCCCCAAUUUACUGAUUGUGUGGCUGUUUCUGAGCAUAGCAUACCUGGUGGCCAGAUUACGUUGCAAGUGAAGAUUAAGUUAAAAACAAAAACAAAAAAAGUGCUUGAAUGUGUAUUGCCACUUGGUACCUGCUGGACAAAGGAAUGUGUCAUAGCAUUGUCUGCCAAGAAUUAUUAUUAUGCCUUACAAUUUUACGUUUCUAUUGUACUAAACUGUAAAUAUACAUCAAAUUAUUUUAUCAAAAAGAAUUGUAUUGAAACUUUAAAUUAUUGUUCUGCUUUCAGUGCUUGUAACAUAGUCUGACAUUGGCCUGUUACCUCGUUACUUUAGCCGGCCUGAAGAUCUCUUACCAAAUAUAGUUUUAUGUUACUUGUUUCAUGUAUUCCAGAGAAAGGAACUCUAUCUGAAAAGAAUUUGUAUCUUUUUGUAUAUUUAAGGGGUAUGCUAAUCUUGCCUUUCAUUUUUACAAGGUAUGAAGAGAAAACUAAAAACGUGGGUGGGGUUUAUAAGAAAUUGUUAGAAAUUUAUUUAAACAAAUUUCUACCUUCAUUUCAAAGCAUAAUAUCCAAAUUACUGAACAGUUUGUAGAACCAUAGUCUUGUUCCUUUCUCAUGGUUAAGUAUGUUCUAAUAGACUAGUGUACCCACUCAAAAACCAACUUGCAGUGUGCUGCAUGCAGAAUUAUUUCAUUCUAUUUGUAGAUCUGCAUUUUGCAAUGUAUUAAAGACAUAAAGAGAAUAACUUGUGGUUAGGAAGGGGAUGUAAUUGGCAUUAGCCUGCUAAUGAUCCAUUAUCUGUUUCAGGUGCUCUGUUAUAGAACUUAUUCUGAAAUAGAGUCAUUAUCAUCCUAGAAGAUAAAGAUAGUGGACUUUAAUAUUUCAGGCAAGGAGAGGGAGGUAUCAGUUAGCUGCUGUAGUUAGGGGGUUUGAGGUUUUCCAUUGGGCUUUAUUUUAAUUACAUUAGACUAAAUAUUACUGUUACUUCCAUUUUUAAGUGUUGGACAGCUUUAAUAAAUUAUGAUGCUGGUAGUGACUUAGUGAUAAACGAAUGAUGGUAAGUUAAGAUGUAUUUAGGUGGUGAAACUAAAGCGGCUUACCUAGUUUAGUGAUGCAGAUAAAUUUGAUCAUCAUUUAUGUAUAACAUCAAACUGGGGGAGGCCUGUUUAAACUGAAAGGUUUUGUGGGUUCAGUGGUCUGGCAGAGCUUGUCAAUAGCAAUAGCUGAUUAAAAAAACCUAACCUCAUUUAAUGUAGUUUGAUAAAUUCAUAAAGGGAUUUACUUCGCUUGGUGCCUGAGAUGAUAUUGGGCUUCUGAGGAGAGCCAGUACUGUGAUUUGUAUUUUCUACUAUUAUUAACUUGCUCAAAAACUAUAGGUAGCUAUAGCUUUUAUUAUUCAUUUUAAUGGAAUUUGAAAGCUGCUGGAAGAGGUAUGCUAAAAAAACCAAAAAAGCACAGUUAGAAUAAAAGUUAAAAUUAAAUCCUAACUUUGGAUUUAAUUAUUCUAACUAAAAAAAAAAAAAAAAAAAAGUGUGUGUUAUAUUUGUGUCUUCAUGAAAUCAGACUGUACAGUACACUAUCUCCUGAUAUUUUUACUCACUAUUCUUCCAAUUUUGUUCUUAAAAAAAAAAAAAAAAAAACCAAAACCAAAACCAAAACACCAGAAAGACAUAUCUGGGUUUAUAUAUGUAUAUAUUUAAGCAUGUAUCCUAUUUACUUUUAGUUGCUAUGAAUUUAGGUGCAUCCUUACUGCAGAUGAGAUUUAAAAUCAUGGUAUGAUGGUAUUGGACAUACCCAUGUCCUCUGCUGAUACCUGAUACCAUUGUGUCUCCAUAGUAAUCAUCUCUUCAUUCUGAUUAACGCUGGUUCAUUUGCUAUGGGGUGCCCCAGUCUACCUUUUUGCAAAGCAAACAGUUGUCAGGUUGGACUGUGGCCUUGUUCUUGCAACGUGAUGAGUGUUCUAGGCUCAGUCUAACAAGAUGUAAAAGUAACUUCAGUAGAAUCACAGAAUAUCCUGAAAAGGACCCACAAGGGUCAGUGAAGUCCAACUUCUGACCCUGCACAGCACCAUCCCCAAGAGUCACACCACGUGCCUGGGAGCAUUGUCCGGAUGCUGCUUGAGCUGUCAGGCUUGAGCUCUGUCAGUCUUGGGGCCAUGACCCUGGGGAGCCUGGUCCAGUGUCCAAGCACCCCUCUGAUAGUAGAGUGGCAGGCACGUUCACUGAACUCCCUGAAAUUAUAAAUCUGUUUAAAGUGUGAAGGUACUGCUCAUGACUAUCACUAGGAUUGCAGUAAGACCACACUUAAAGUCAUCUAUUCUUUUUGAAAACAAGGUAGGUUUGUUCUUUUUUUCCCUAAACUUUAAUGGGGACAAGUUUUGGGGUUUUUCAUUUUUGAGCUUGGUCUGUGCUUUCGUUUGGGCAUUGAGAUUUAAGAUGCUGUACUGCUUACUGCUUACAGCAGAAGAAACAUGGCACGUGAAAUGAUGUGUGUGAAAUACAUUUUUGUCACCAUCUCUGUGCCAUGGAGGGGCAUGUGCAACAACCAGAUGCAGUGGAAUGCAUUGUGAACAGAGUGAUUCACUUUGGAGUUAAAAUGCUCAUCCAGCAUCCCAUAUUUGCUAGUUAAACUUACUGCUUUUAUUAGUACUCUGAAGUAUAAUUUGUGCAAUUUUUUGAUGAAUCUACUUAGCUGCAGCAGCCAUUGGGGGAGUUCUGUAACACAAAAACCAAUGCCAGGAAAACAGUUACCAUGUUCUAUAUCUGUUCUAUAAAAGGCAAGCACAGAAUGUGCUCCGGAGACAAAUUUCAAACUUACUGUUUCUUAAAGCAAAAAUGUUACAAUAUGUUAUGAAGUUAAAGUAGGUGUUACAUACAGAACAGAGUUACAGCCAGUUUCAUUGACCAAAAUUAGAAGAACAGUGAAGUCAGUGAGAGCACGAGAGCUUUCAAACUGAACCAGAAUCCAAACCCUCCUUUUGAAUCAGAUGCCCACAGCUUACCUGGUAGAUGCUGCAGCCAUCUUCAAGACAGGACUACUGUGACAUUUCCACCAUAAGAUGCUGUACUGUACACUUUGCCAUGAAGGUUUAGUAUUAAUUGUUUAGGUUUCCGUCCUCAAUCAGGGAAAGACAUUCUUCUGCAAGCCUAAAUUGAUUUAUAAUAUAUAUUUAAAAGAUA